GGUCUGUGUAGUAAAGUGUAGAGACAGACAGUCCUGUUUGACUUUUAAACUUGUAGGAUGUCUGCAUUAUCGGAUCCCAGCUUCUUGUCUGUGUUCAGUAUCUAUUGGAAUCUCACUAGAUUUUGAAAAUUGUGGAAUACAUUUCAAUAUGUUGCAAACCUUACUAAAUACCUGAUAUCUGGAUACCUGGAUUAUUAUAUAUAUAAUUUUUUUUUUUUUUUAAAUCUUCAAAUUCAAAAUGAAUAACUUCAGUGAUUUCUCGAUGUUUCGUUUCAUGUGGCCUAAACCUUUUUUUGCUCCACCCUUAGGAAGCAACAACAUGGAGAACACAUCGUUUGUACCCAACCCCCUCACGUCUCCGGCUCUGAUGGUUUUAGCAUCGACAGCGGAGGGGCACGAGAGUGGUAGGUUGCCUGCUCCGCACAACUACCAUGGCCAGGGAAUGGAUAAAGAAAUGCCGACCCCGUUCAGUACACCCUUUUCAAUGCACCGUUUAGCAGAAUCGUUCCAGCAACCAAUGUAUGCGCCGAUCCCGCCAUAUGUGCGCCCCACCCUAGAUCGUGGGAUGGGCUUGAUUAGCCCUGGUGGUGGGGGUGCGUUUCGUCCACUGGUCAGCACAGCUGAUGGAUCGGAUAGUUACCAGUCGGCAUUUACACCUGCGAAGAAAAGUAAAAUUGACAAUCAUAUUUCAAGUAGUUCCGACCACACGGCUAACAGUGACAGUAGGUCGCGGGAAUCCCCCGAAGGACCGUUGUCGUUUGUGGUGAAAGAGGAGCGGCCAUCAAGUAUUAGUUCAACUGGGGCCGACACUAAUUCUGAAAAUCAUUCAGACUCUGGCGACUUAUAUGAUCGAGGAACGCCCGAUUCUGAGGGACGCAGUUUAAGAAAGCAGCGUAAGCGCAACGUUUUGGAUGGCCAAACCCCGUGCUGCCCGGUCUGUGGUCUGACUCUCCGGUCGGGCGAGAUCGAAGCCCACCUGAGCCUCGAGUUGGAGAAGCUGGAGAAACUCAGCAGAAGUGGUCGUAAAUCUCGAGACACAACUCCUCAAGGUCGAAAGAGUUUGCCAUCUCCAGGGUUUACUGGUCGAAAAGGCAAAGAUUCCCCCUCCCCUGAAGUAGCAUCUCAGUCGAGAUACGAGUCGUACAUGAGGAUCCGGUGUAACCGACAAGCCAGACUCAGUAGCCGAUGUAGAAAUAAAAAGAAGAAGCCCAAUGAAGAAGGUUACAAAGAAACGUCGUGUCCAGUCUGUAAUGACCGACUGACGGGGUCGUCUGAAGAACUCAACCACCAUGUUGAGGAAUGUCUGAGAAAGCAUCGUGGCGAGUGUGAGGAUGAGCCGGUUGAUGUGGAGGGAGAUGGCGAGCAGUAUGAAGAAUACACGUGGGCGGGGCAGACUCGCAUCAGGGCCACCACCAUGCUGGAGGGGGGAUUCGCAGGCUCUGGUUUUCACACAGUGAGUUCUCGUAAGACUGUUGACGAGGAGGAUGAUCUGAACGUAGACGGGGAUGACUCGGAGCUGUACGGAGGGCCUCAAUACACUGAAGCGAAUGUUGUUCCUGUUGCGAGCGAUGAACCGUCGGAGGACCGGGAGAGGCAAGCACUAAGAGGGGCUGUAAUAGGAUCAAGAAAUAAUGGAUCAGAUGGUGACUGGUCCCACCAUUAUGAAGAUAAUGCUCCACCACCAAAAAAUAACUGUGAUGUUCUAGAUUCUAACAGUCUUCCUCAUGGGUCUGCUGCAGAAGUGAUCACAGCUCUGAAAGCUCGACUCCGAGAGAAAGAAGAUACCAAAGAUGUAAAGCAGAAAUGCCUGAUCUGCAUGGAACCCUACAAGAACGCACUGACCUCAAUACAAUGUUGGCACGUCCACUGUGAAGAAUGCUGGCUCAGAACAUUGGGAGCAAAGAAGCUUUGUCCACAGUGCAACACUAUCACUUCGCCCUCAGAUCUUAGAAGAAUCUAUUUAUAGCAUUCCUCUAUUUUUGUGUGGAGUCCUAGCAAAAAUAAAACAUGAUUGCAGAAAUCAUAAUAGUAAUGAUUGCUCUUGCCACGGUUUGUGAUCCAAGUGACCGAAGCCUGUAUACUACUUAGGAAAAAAUGCUUCAGAAACAGUUUUCAGUAUUUAAUGUGCAAGCCUAGUUUUGUCUGAAAAUAUUCGAAGCAAUAUUAUUGUUGUAUUGGCUUGCUGUUGUGAUGACAAUGGAAAUUUGAAAAAACAAAACCUGUUUACUAUAUUGUUUAAAGAGAUCACCUUUUUGUAGUGAAAAUAAGAUUUAUAGAAAUGGAUAAUUUAACUCAAAUGUAUUGGUCAACACCAAACUACCAUAAUAUUAUAUGGUUAUUUUGGCUUAGAAUGGCAGGAUUACAUCCGACAUUCGUAUUAUAAUGCAAUGUGUUCUAAAAUAAAUUUAGGCAUCAAAAGUUGUGCCCCUUGGAUGAAACCGUAUCACUAGAAUGUACCAGUUGCAGAUCUAGGUGUAGAUUUGUGUUUACAUACUCGGACACAGUAAAAUUAUCAGUGAAGAAUGAUAUUACUUAGGUAACCAAAGUUGACAUUGAUAUUUGUUUUUUUUAGGGGGAUUUGCAGCAUUAUAUUAAAAUUGUAACUGCUGUUGCACUUCAUUCCAUUGUUUAUCAAAACAAAUAUUAAAGUCUAAAAGAAAAGAUUUAAAAAUGGAUUUUGACCAUGAAAAGGUUGUGAUUAAACGGUUAGAAAGUAAGAAAUUACUGUGCUGUACAGUAUUUAGAAUACAGUACAGAACAGAUUUAAUGUCAUUAAUAUGCUAGGUAGGCUGUUGAAAUAGACUGUGAAGUAAUUUGUUUCGUUUUAUUGAAUGUUAUUGUUGUUAAAAUUUCAUCAGACUUCCUGGAAACUUGCACAUAAUAUAUUAAAAAUGGAAUAAUAAAAAUUGUGCACAUGUAUUUGUGUGAAUGUGAAGUUGAAGAGUAUUAUGAAUGUAAAAAUGAAAUCUAUUUUGCAACACAUUUGGAUAAAUUAGUGAUGCAGUGUGUAUCCCAGUGCUGUUGUAUUACGUUAAUAAGAAAUUAAAAGUUUGAAUACA